AUGAAUCUGGAGGCUGCUGACGUGUCGACGCGCAAAUUAAGCAAAAUGGAAGCCAAAUGUGACACACGAUCCAAAUCUAAACUGUUUUCGAAGACAAAUGCUAAGCCGUUGACUGGCACUUUGGAUCGAUGGUUCAAACCUGCAAAUGGUGCUGCGAAUGACAAGAAGGCUAGCAACAAAACCAAGAGCUUUGAACCUGUGGUCAAUGCUAAUGACGAUGAAAAAAAUAUGAGACCACAGGUCUCAAAAUCUGUGAGGUCGUCUCGCAAUUUUGUGCAGCGCUAUAUCCACAUCAAUGACGAGUGUCGCGUGUGUGAAAGUGCUAAGAUAGAGGAGGCUGCGCGUUGUGAGUUGCGUUGUGCUACAUGCUCGUUGACAGUGCACAAAAAGUGUUACAAUGUAAGAGGUGAGGUGUCCGAUAAAGAAUGGAAUUGUCGUCGCUGCCAAUAUAUAUAUCGCGAAACGGCGUGGGAGGACAUAAGUGGCUUAAUUGGGGUACCGAAUCCGGAAAGUCUCACGUUUCCAACAUGCGAACCUCCAGACAACAAUCAUAAGAUGCAUCAGCUAUUUACGGACUCCAAUUUUGCGGCCAUUUUUUUAUUCUUACAAAGAUUUAGUCGGCUUGGAUUACAAUUGCUAAAUGUCGAUACCACACUUGAGAAUCUUGCAAAUGCCUUAAUUGAACCGAAAGCAGGAAAACUGUGCGAAGAACUACAUACACGUUUACUGAAAAAUAUUAAUGUGGUCACCAAGAAAGAUCCUUGGUAUGUCCUAUUAUGGCACUUCUUGCGAGAGGAAGAGAAUGUACCAGUUAUCGUUAAAAAUACAAAGUUUUUAGCGAAUAGUGUUGAAUCGGAAAAGCGUGAAGACUUGUACCUUGGAUUGCCAGUUAAAGAGAGGUUAGCGAUGUUAAAGUUAUUGUGUGAAGCUCAGUUCGACCGCAACGCCAUACUUGUCGAGAAAAUUGGUCAUGAAGAGGCCGAAUCGAUGGAAUCGGCAUCUGAGCCGGAAUGGUGGCAGUGUUGA